CCUCUGGAAGCUCUCGCGAGCUGCGAGUGGAUCGCCACGCCUUGCUUGAGAGCAGCGAGCUUGAGCGCUCGUCCGUCAGCUUCGUGAGCCUGUUCUCUCGCCGCCAAGAUCGCACAAGCCUUGAGCACAGCCACGAAAGUCCUCGCGUUUGGAUCGCAUCGAUGGCGAUCUCGCCCGCGAUCCAUCCGAGCAAAGAGCUCCAGAGCACUGGCUGGAUCAUCGUUGUCGACAUAUCCCAGCAGGAGAGAGUUCCAAGUCACAACAUCCCGCCUCUCAAGCUCAUCAAAGAUCUUGCGAGCUUCCAAGACGCUCCCACACCUCGCGUACAUGCUCACGAGAGCGCUGGCCACGAACUUAUCUUUGCUUUGCCGGCUCGCCAUCGCUCGAGCGUGGAUCUCUCGGCCCUCGACGAGGGUCUUGCAUUGCUUGAGCGAGGCAAGCAAGCCAAGAACACUGGAUUCGUGCCUUUGCUGUGGAGCUAUGGCGAUGGAAAGCCCGCGACUAGAGAGGAGAAAAUGCCCACCUUGGAGAACUAAGCUUCUUCGUCUUCCAGAAUGCAUAGAUUUAGAGAGAGCUACUCACCUCCAUAGACAAACUCUCUAGUCAACUGCCCUAAGAUGCUUUGCUUGUCAUUUCUUUGCCGUGGAAUGCACUGCAUAGGUUCCUUGUCCCCACAUUCGUGGAGCUCGUGGAGCUCGCAAGUUCUUCUUUAUUUUUCCUCGCCAUGGCUCUAUGCAGAUCUGACACGCUCGUGUGGUGGACACUCCUGGGAGUGGUGUGUGGAAUCGGUCUAGGAGCUGCGCUUUACAGAGCCCACUGUUCCGACUUGACGAUUGAGCUCAUAGGAUAUCCUGGCGAAUUGUAUCUUCGAGCACUGCAGCAGCUCGUUUUGCCAUUGAUUGUCUUCGCUCUAAUGUCCGGAGUCUUCAGCUUGAGACACACUCAGCAUGGCGUUGGAAGAAUCACGCGGUGGUCGCUCUUUUACUACCUCAUAUCAAUGCUACUGGCUGUGGUACUCGGGAUCACUCUGGUUUACUUGAUCAAGCCAGGCCAGUCUCGACCAUUUAGCACCACCAAUGACAAAUGCACUAGGAACAACAUUACAAUCACCUCGGUUUCUCUGCAAGAAAACGCAGCUGCCACUUUGGUGGAGCCACUUUUGCAGAUUGGCCGAGAUCUUAUCCCAACAAAUUUUGUUGCCGCUGCUGCUAAAUCAGAUUAUCUUGGCAUGGUUGCCUUCGCUAUCGUAUUUGCGUUCUUCGUCAAUACUUUCGGCGAGAAAGCAGAUUCAUUAGUCCAGUUGGUUGAGCUUUGCAAUGCAAUUAUAAUGAAGAUUAUUUUCGCAGUUAUCACCUUGACUCCAAUCGGAGUUGCGUCACUGACCGCAAGCGCGCUCUUGAAAGCUUGCGACGUCUUUCGUCUGCUCAAGGCUCUUGGGCUAUUCGUCGGGACGGUCUUAGGUGGUUUGAUGCUACACUCUUUAAUUCUUCUUCCUCUCAUGGUAAUGCUGCUCUCGCGAAGAAAUCCCUUCAAUGCUCUCAAGAAUUUCUUUCCAGCUUUGAUCAUGGGUCUAGGAACAUCGUCCGGCGCGGUGACAAUGCCAGUGACAAUGAACUGUGCCGUGGCCUCAGGCUGCGAUCCAAACUUAGUUCGCUUCGUCAUUCCUCUGGGAACAAAUAUCAAUCGCGAUGGAUCCGCACUAUAUGAAGCAGUCUCUGUACUGUUUAUCUGUCAAGUACGUAAGAAAAAUUCUGUUUUUCUUAGAAAGAAUUCUUCGGUUUUCUCUUGUCCAGGCUCAUGGCCUCGAUUUACCACCCGCGAAGCUGUUUGUUCUUGCGAUUGCAGCAACUCUUGCAGCGGUUGGCUGCGGUCCGGUCCCAAAUUCUGGCCUACUUACAAUGAUCGUUGCUCUUCAGUCGAUUGGAUACUCCCAAUUCGUGGGAGAUGUUUCACUUCUCUACGCAGUGGAUUGGCUGCUGUGUGCCGUCCGCACUUCUGUCAACAUUUGGGGAGAUGGAUGUGCGUGUUUGAUCGUGGAUGCGUGGAACAAACGCUACGUCGAUCCAAAGUCCAAUCUGGAAGAGAUUAGAGAACCACUCCUUUCGAGUGAUUCCAUUGACUUUUAGCUGUGGAAAACCGCUCGACUUGUACAGUGGAAAUUUUUAUUCGCGAACAAGUAAAUAGCGCCUCUCUUUUAUUUUUUC